AUGUUCUCCAAAGUGAUCGCUGUUUUGGCCUUUGCCGCCGUGGUUGCCGCUAAGCCCCAACAUCAGCAAGCCGCCCAGUAUCCGGCCGGAGUCGAUCCGUCCCGCUGCCCGUCGUAUCCGAACUGCGACAACGCGGCCCUGCACAGCCCCAACCCCUACAACAACCAUGCCGCCAACCACUGGAACCCGAACUGGAACGCACAGCCAAGCUGGAACCCGGCCCCAGUUCCGGCACCGGCACCGGCCCCGUACUACCACGGUGCUCCUCACUCGUACCAGGCUCUGACCGGUCCCAGCCACAACUACCUCGGAGCGCCCGCCCCAACGGCCGGAGGAGACCGUUACCCCGCCGGUGUCAACCCGCAAUCGUGCCCGAACUAUCCGUACUGUGAUAACACCGUCCAGGCUGGCGUUCACCAGGCCGCUCCUCUGCCAGGAUACACCACCCGCCAGUACCCGGCCGGAGUGUCCCCACACACCUGCCCGAACUUCCCCUACUGCUAA